UUAACCAAUCAGUACCAAGCAAAUGAAAAGUGUGAAAGUUUGUGCGUUUGAUGUCGAGCGAAAACCAAGAUUAAUAUAGUGAAUUCGCUUAGAUUGAAGAAUACGUACCCUUUCUUGUAGCACUGAUGGAGAACUAAAAAAACCGGAAUCUUGCCUUAGUAAUAACUAACAAUUGCAAAUAAAUCAAUACAUCUAUGCUAAAUCAUUACAGAAAUAUCAAAUAUUAAAAAUACAAAGUGUUUAUUGUACUUUGAAUUUUUGAUUGUUUUAUGUUGCUUAAGUGAGAACUGUUGCCAUAACUGAUUCCUAGUAGGUGAAUUGAAAAUGUCUCUUCACACAGAAAUUGCUAGAGAUAGAUCUUUUGGUAUCCCUGAUCCACAUACUGUAACUGAACUGUCAAACUAUAUGCAAAAUAUUUUUCAACAAAUGCAAGAAACAUUACAGCAAACAAGUGAAAAAAUAACCACAAGGAUUGAAGAAAUGGGGUCGAAAAUAGAUUCGUUGGAGAAAAAUGUUGCAGACCUCAUGACACAAGCUGGAGUUCAUGAAGGCUAACCCUCCAACAUCAACAACUUAUUAUAUGAUGAUUUCUAAUAUACUUAUGUAACCGAAAAUGACGAUAUAUUCAACCACACUUUUUUUCAAAUAAUCGAGGUCAGAACAACUAGUAACUGUAUAGCCAAUCACUUUUGACAGAAUACUACGCGUAAUCAAUUAUAACCACUCAUUGAAUAGUUAAAAGAUGAGAUCGUUAAUGAGGAAUAUACGAUCCGACAACGUACAUAUAGUCAACUUCAACUUAUUAGAACGGUUUACACUGGCAUGAUGUUCGAAAAUAAAGUGACAGAUAAAAUACAGAGAUAACUAGAUGACAUUCAACCAAUCAUUCAUCGAUUCGCAAUGGACACAUAGGAUAAUAAAACGAUUAAAGUAUGAUUAUUACAGCUUCUUAUGGGUUAGGAUAAAUUUAGUGUAGUAAAACCCGCUCAGAAUCAUCCGUAAUGCAUUGGCGAAAAGAGAAUGUGAGCACUUUCUAAUACCUUUUGUGCUUAGCAUUAGUUGUUGAACUUCACGUAGGGAAAAGCAGUCUCGCUUUGGAACUUUAGAAGGCCGUGGAGGAAUUUCGCUCGAAUAUAUAUAUUGACGUUGAAUAACUAACUGAGCAGAUGAUAAUUUUCACCUGAAUAUACCCUAAUGAAAUUUAAUAGUUUUAAACGUCCCUUAGGAUAAGGCAAGGAGUAGAUACGGACCACAAAAUUUGAAUUCGGUGGUGCAUCAACCAAUUUUUGAGCUAAUGAAACUUUGCCGGCGACCUGAGUUUGUAGUAUUUCCAUGGUUUUAAAAGUUAUAUAGGAACACCAGGGUGGAAGCAACUAUCUGUGAAGUACUGGCAUAGUUAGAAAAGUGACAGGUUACUGCGACCAACAUCAAGAAAUUUUUCAUUACCCAUUCUUUUCUGUUGUAGUCAAUCACUUCAAACCUGUUAUCGUUGGACACCACAAAGGCGUAGAGAUACAUGUAGAUGAGUCACCAAAGGCCUACCCGGUAGUGAUUCACUUUACUAAACGCACAAUUGCUUUACAUCUAGUCAUAACAUCGAAAAACAGCUGUCACCAUGUAAAUACGCAUAUAAAGUUAUUCCCUUCACUAUACUCAAACAUGCACUGCUGGCAUUACUGAAAUGUAGUUGCUAAUGAAUGAGAUCAAGAUGUGAUGCAAGACCCAAUAUCUUCAUGCUUCAUAAAUAUACAGCAGCCUAUCUUGCGAUGCAACAGUUUACACCUAAUUUUAUGGUUAGAUAAGUAGUCAGGAAACUGAACUGUUUUUGUAGCUACGUGGAUUUAUAAUCUAUGUUGUAUGAAUUGGGACGGUAUUUAGGAUGGAAAUGAUAGACAAUAUGCUCGUUGUUACCAUGUGCAUUAUAUUGGCUACUUGUGAAGGUUGAGAAAAUCACUUCAUUGGUUUGCCAUAUCUCUGGACCAUACAGCAAUUUAUCCGAAUAUAACCCUCGUGAUUUAGAGGGGCAGGACUGAAGAGGUUCUGGACAAACACACGUCAAGUAUUGUGAAGAAAUAACGUAACAUAGUUGGACAUUGGUAGUCAAAAAGAUUCACAGAGCUGAAACCGUUUGCCACGUCUAGAAAAAAAAAACGGAAGAGGUAGUAGUUAUAAUUAUAUUUUAAAUGUAUGGUGAUACAAAGCACUGCUCAAAAAGAUCGGACAUUAUUUUUAAUGAAGACCAAAACAUAUUUUAUAUACGGUACAAAAGGGAAGCAUGUAUUUACACUGUAAAAGAAAAUAUGUACGAAUCCGAAACUGUUCGAAGCGAAUAGUGAAUAGGCUUGGUGUAGCCAUUAUCUAUUGUAAUGGUCCGUUGAAUGUUGAGUAAUGAGUCAAAAGGACAAUCCUGCUUGAUUACUAUUAUAUGUUUUUCUCGAUAUAAUUGCACCAGUAAGAAUGAGGUUUGGUGAAAGCAGUAUGAGUAGGAGUGACUGGCACCUCUAAAAACAAAACAUUAAAGUCAAUUAACCACUUAUCACGUUUUAUACAACAUAUGAUAGUGAAAUGAAAAUGUUUAAGCAUGGUGACAAUCGCAAAAUUACUUAGAAAAAAUGAAAAUUCUUAACGAAAUAAUUUUUAAGAAAUAUCAGAUUAUAUUUGCGGUCAAUCUAUCCAAAUAUUUAGGAACGCUUAUCAAUAUUGUACAAUUUAGACAUAUUUUUACUUAUUUAAACCUCAAACUCGACAUAACGUGGAGACCAAAGGAUGCAGUAAUGGUAUUAUUUUUUAUUUGAAUAUAAGGGGACACCAGAUACAUAUGCGACACACAUCUCGUUAUAUGAUGGUUAACAUACAAAAAGGACCGAUUUACAAAUAACCACAUGUAAACAUGUAUUUUUGUGAAUUACUUAUAGUAAAAAUAAUGUCGGCUCAAAAAAUGUUUCCCAAAAAGUGCUUGAAGUAUUGCCAUUUGUCUCAGACCAAGUGGUUUGCGUUAGAAUAUAGAUACUAACUGAUCAUCUAGUUAUAAUUUUGUGAUAAUGUUCAGUUUCUUGCUUGUGAUUAACAUCAUAAUGACUAUGUUGUUUUUUGAACCGACUAAUCAUCACGUGACUUAUUUGCCAAUCGGAACAUGACUUAUAAAAUCACAGCUCUGCAACAAACCAAUGACGUGUCGACCGGUAUGAGCAGCCUAGCAUAUCUAUCGGUCAUUUUCUUCCUAGCCCUGCCAGUUGAGUUCAGAAAACCAAUACCAGCUUCCACUAUACGAAUAAUUUAUUUCAAACAAACCUGGUUUAUAUACAAGCCAAGCGGACCAUAUCACACUACAAAAUAGGAAACAAUACUUGUACAAGAUCAAGCCAAAAAAUGACUGUGAUUGCGGGAGACUAUAAUCAAUAAACUGGACAUAACUUAAGAUCAGGAAAUCAUAUAUUAAUAGUCUAUAAGUCAAAAUAAGUUUAUAAUAAGAGGGAUAUUAAUAUACAUAGUCUAGUUACCGAAUAGUUAUACAAUGAGAAUAUACGUGUAAUAUUCGUCCAUAAAUAGAUCGCAGAGGUUACCUAUAAUUUGAUCGUCAGUAGGAUAUAACACACUGAACGACAAUGAUAGUGAAUUAUAGAUCCUAUUUAGUUCGUAUACACUCUACCGACAAACUACGUUCGUACAAAAUAGAUAAUAAAAGUAUAAAUAAGCAUUAUAUUUGGGGUACCUAUAUUUUAGAUAUGCUGAAGUUGGAUGGUAGAUAAGCAAAUGAAAGAUACAUAGUGUAUGAAGCAUUGAAGUUCGGUAAUACACCGACUCAGAGAGUAACAAGGUGACCGAUUUUUUAUAAGUCAUGAAGGAAAUGGACAAACACACGUGUAUAAAACAUGUCCAGGGAUACACGUAACCAAACAGGGGCAAAUACAUAGAUGAAAAUAUAUGGGAAUAUUAGAACUUAUAUGUCCAAAUGUUCGAAUAAAUCAUGGUGUGUAACAAUAAUAAGUGCGUCGUCUGGUCACCUGAAAUUAUUUAGCCAAGAUAAAUAUCCUAAUCUACAAAUAUAUUGCAAUUUUACUUAAUAAUUAACUAGAAUUUCUGAGGAACCCGAAGUGACCAGUUCAUUAUUGGGUAAAAAUGUUUUUAUUAGUUCACGAAGACAUGGUUUGUUCCUUACUAGACUAUGAUUACGAAUUAAAAUAAAAGAAUAAUAACUGAUUUUAAAUGGCCAAUUUUAGUACAGAAUAGUAUCAGAAGGCUGACAGAUAGUGUGUAAUAGUAGUAUUGUGGUGUAUGCUACUUAUGCCAACAGACAUAAAUAGUAUGUAAUACCAAACAGAAGUUGAAUGCCUGUAAAAAGAAGGUUGAGAAGAUUAUACUCAAGAAUAUGGGGAGGGAAACUUAAAGGAAUUGAGAAAAAAAUGAUUUAUGCAUCGAUGUCCAUAAUUAGGAGCACUAGGUUCACUGAGUAAACUGCUUGAAGAUAAUUCAAUUAAUGACAAAACAUACACUUAACAGCAGUGAAGGCAUACGCGAAAUUACGAAGUUGGAUUAAUCCUUCUAUUAUUAUCUACGUUACCUAAACAUUGAGUAGUUAAUCAUUAAUAAAACCUAGUGAAGUAGAACUUAUUAAAACACAAAAUAUAAACAAGUUUUGACCUCUCAACCGCUAUACUGAAGAGUGAGAAUACAAUUUACAAAAACAGACAGAUGAAGGACGAUGUAUUGGGCCAGUCUGAAACUGAUCAAACCGAACAAGAGUAUGCGAUCGAUCAAGAAACAGAGUUCUAUUUCUAAGUUAAGAGAGAUACACUAUUGAUGGCUUAAUUUUCUAAGUGACAAUAUAUUAUGUAUAUAUGAAUGAGUAAACAAACAUUAACGAUUUAGCUUAGUCAAUGGACUUCCUCUCCACUUUCCAUCGUUUUACUCACGAGGUGAUAGGGCUCGUGUUUAGUAAGACUGGGUACCAAUAUUAGAAUCGGACACUGCACAUCAAUACAAAAUUAGCAUUUAUUUUCGUUACUGAAUAGAAAACGUUAGUUCAUACAUCAAUAGUGAGGUUUUCAGUAGGUUAGUCAAACGAGUUUGCUAUUUCAUCUGCAUCACAGUGCAAAUGAAGAAAAUGCCUAUCUCAAAAAUCAAACAUAAAUUUGACAACAAAUAAGUAAGAAACUGUGCUGAAACAGUAGUUCUUGUAAGAUAAGAAUUCCCUAUUAUUGAUUGCAUGUUAUAAUAGUAGCUCGACAACUCAAAAAGUAUAUAUAUAUAUAUAUAUAUAUAUAUAUAUAUAUAUAUAUAUAUAUAUAUAAUAUUUCUCCCACAAUUAUUUUGGUGGAUACAAAAGUGCAUGUAAAAACUAAUAACGCUAAAGGUAUAAAAUAAUUUUUUAACGCCAACAACUAAUAAGUUACUUAUAUGACACGUCUAAAUCGACGAACUUAAACAACAAUCAUACUCGUAAUUCAUAAUCGUUGUGAUGGUUAAAAAUGUCAAUGUCUACACAACCCACCCUCAGACCAGCCUGUUUAACAUAGUAGGAACUAAAUCAGAAUGUGAUCCAGGCAAUGUAGCUCUUGGCUGAGUCAUCCGAUAGGCAGGUCCAACCAUCACGUCAAGGUGUAGCAGCCACAGUCGAGUUGCAGGUGCACCAACACUUUGUUUCUCCAGAUUCUAAGUUCCUAGAUUCCACAAAAGUUCUUUUAUAUUUUCUUGGAUCCCUGAACUUUCCUAUCGUCACUAAUACUGUUCUGCUUUCACUACUAUGAGAUUUGCCUUAACAAUUCAAUUUCACAGUGCUAAUGAGGUACGUCAACUUCAAUAGAUGUAAACACGUUCUAGGUACUACACUGCGUUCGACUGACUGAGUAUAUUGCCAAUGGAGAUGUAAGGCAAAACUUAACACAAGGAAACAGUAUUAUUUGAAAUUUCUAUAUCGCUACAACUCGAAACAAUCAUAGUCGACUUUAUCUAUAAAAAAAAUCGGUGCUUAAUGUGUAGUGUGAUGCGCCUAGCCAAAACUAUAGUAUAAAUUAGUACGAAUGUUUUAUCUAGUAAGCUCAACUAGUUACACAUUCACAAAAUAACAACAUUGAAAAAAACAUUUACAAUUUGGUUCAGUUGUUAAUAGGAUAAACAUUAUUUCAACAGACUGGUUAUUCAUAUAAAAAAUAAUCUUUAGAUCCUAACGUUAUGGUACGACCAAAUAAAGUUUCAAUAUUGGGGGCUACUGGAUACAGACUACCCAUACGAAGAUGCUAUGAAUUACUAUUGAGGGAUGUUAAUUCUUCAUACAUGUCUUAUGAAGUUUUAGUUAGCGAAACAAGACUCUCAAUUUAGGGUUUAACAAUUUGUCUUUACUAGCUUGUAAGGAAGAUUCUGAUGCUUUACUUAAAGAUUUGAUAGAUGCGUGCGCCAUGUGCAGUAGAGAUAUGAAAUUCAGCCUAUAAAACUUCAAGUAAAGGGUGAUCCAAUCUUUCUUAAAAGACGAAUAAUUCCUUAUGGUCUUCCAGAAGCAGUACAUAAGACAAUAAAUGAUUUGUGUGAGAAAGGUAUAAUUGAACCGAUUCAGUCUUCAGCAUGAGGUACUCCUAUUGUUACGCCAUUGAAGUUGGAUGGCAAUACCUUUAGAAUAUGUAGUGACUUUAGAUUAACACUGAACUCCCGUUUGUUGAGACAGACAUGCACGACGUUGAAGUCUAAAUCGACUUAAUGAUUCUGAAAGGUUCUCGAAAGUCGACUUAAAACAUACUUAUCUUCCCAAAUAAAUGCUCCAGUACGGCCGAGGGUGGAGACAGUCUGCUUCUCUCGAAGUGCUCUUACAUAGCCACAUGUAUACAGCCACUGUCAGGGGAAUCCUACUCACAGCAUUCCCGCGGCACGGGUGUUGUUUAUAAAAUUGAGAGGACGAAGAGCGAAUGUCCGGCUCUUUACUCAGGUUGGUGGAUACGGAGGGUCCACCUAAACCUAUGGUGCACAUAGGCUCCAGGAUCCUGAAGGAACAAAUGGCGUGUGAACUAAUUGUUGGUCACCAACUACCAUGGGACGGCAUCUCCUGACGUCGUUCCACUGCUCUGGCUGUGACCCCUAAGAAAACUACCUGCUCCACUUUGAGCAUCCGGGCAGUACCACAGCACACACAAAUAAAAUGAAAUGGUAAUAAUCACUGGAAAGACUGCUCUCGCUCCAAUUAAAAUUCAGACAACUCACAUGCAUUUGAUAACAUUCAUUAUUAUCUUUCUUUAUAUUCCACGUCACUUAUCUACUUUCGCCUACUCUAACUUUGUGUAUCUCUAUUUCUCAACCUCGACCGUUGUUGCUACCUUGACGUGGUGGUUGGGCUUGAUUAUCGUGAUGAAGCAACCGAGCUAUACUGGCUGGAACAACCGUUCCUCAAGGUCCUACCAUGUCAGACAGGUCGGUUGAAGAGCGGUAAGACUAAAAGCAACAAACCCAAGGUCCGAAGGCGAAGUCGUACUGCUGACUGUACAGAGGUGUGACAGCAGUAAGGUGUUUCCCUCGGACAACCAGCAUCUGCAGCGAUGCUGCCUUCCCACAAGGAGGGGUGGGGUUAGAAAAGGUCGACCCUAAAAAUGCUCACCUCACCUUACCUCACGGAUUUCCGUCUCCGGCGGUAAGGCCCUUUGAAGAACAGAGCUAACACGUCAAAAACCUUCCACAAAAAGGCCGUGCGCGACCGGCCUCAAUCAGUUGUCCCUUGGGCACUGCGGUCACGCUCUCAGGUCACUGAGACCGCCUCUAAUCCAAUUUCCUUUUCAGGUACCUCCAGAAGAACCCUCCACGGUGUGGGCAACCGGGAAGUGAUAACCGCCCUCAUACCUCUAACAGCACCCAAGACCAUUGUAUUCAUAAUCAACCUUCCUCUUCAAUUCCUAUUAUUCCUCCUACAUCGACUUUCAACCCUAAACUUCCUCCUUCGGCUUCCUCCUCAAGUGUCACCAUAGCCAACGAUUCUAGUGCUCAAAACUCUGUCCCAGGUCUACUGAAACCUCGCUCCAAACUACACAUUGGAGCUUUCAACGUACACACUCUGUGUCAAAUCGGUCAGCAGGCUUCCUUGGCUAAAACCCUAGAGUCUCUUUCCAUUGAUGUAUGCUGUGUCUCCGAAACACGCAUACAGGAUUCCAGUGUGGUCAUUCACUUGACCUCACCUCGGCAAAACGGAGAGCCAACGAGAUACACCCUCCGUGUAUCUGGUGACCCGAUGGCCAGUUCUCGUGGACUGGCAGGUGUAGGCAUAGCACUAAGCAUGAGGGCGGAACAAGCACUGCUAGAGUGGAUCCCCGUCAACAGUCGUCUAUGUGCUGUUCGGCUAAACGGCUCCGUAAAAACUCGGAAGGAUAGGGACACACGUCGUUGUCUUUUUGUCGUUUCUGCCUACGCUCCCACUGACUGCAGCUCAGAUGAUGUGAAAGAUGAAUUUUACAGAAAGCUGUCCGAACUUCUUCAGGAAGCUAAACGCUCAGACAUAGUACUCGUAGGGGGUGACUUUAAUGCUCAGAUAGGUAGCUUAAACCAAACAGAAAGGCAUUUAGGUGGAUAUUUUAGCAUUCCGGCACAGCGAACAGAUAAUGGUGAUUGUCUGCUGCAAACGCGCUCAGACAAUCGCUUAUUUUUAGCAAACACAAAUUUUAAGCAUAAGGAGAGACAUCGUCUAACAUGGCGACCCCUACACCAAACCAACGAUGGACUUGAAUAGACCAUAUUGCCAUCAGUCAUCGUUGGAGAGGGUCGGUAGAAGAUUGUCGCUCAUUCUGGAGUACCUGCUUGGACUCCGACCACGCCCUAAUACGGGCACGCAUCUGCUUGCGCCUCACUGGACGCAAAAAGCCCCAUUAAAAAGAUCCAUUAGAACUGAGUUGAGUAACGAGAAAACCAAAAAUAGGUACUAAGAACAACUGAGUUCACAAUUAGGUAGUUCUGAAGACGAGGCUGACCCAGAUGUUGCUUGGAAAGACAUACAAGCAGCUGUGGAAACAGCAGUGACAUCUAUUAGCGACUUAAACCACAGAGUUACAAAGAACCAAUGGAUUUCUUCAAAGUCUAUCACACUGAUGGAUUCUCGCAAACUCGUCCCAUCAGGUUCCGAACAUGAUGAAGAGCGACAACAAAUCAGAUCUAGGUUAAGAAAAAGUCUAAUAAACGACCGUGAGCAGUGGUGGGCAAUGAAAGCAAAAGAGAUGGAAAAGGCGGCGAUUAUAGGGAACACAAGACAGCUUUACAGACUAAUAAAAGAAACUGGAAUUAAUAAGUCAAGUGUAAGUGAGAUUAUAUCGGAAAAAGACGAUACUCUCAUCUGCUCCCAGUCCAGACGUUUAGAACGAUGGGCGGAACAUUUCAGAGAACAGUUCAGCUGGCCUUCAGCUACUCUACAACUACCCUCCAUUCCCAGACAGUGUGAAUGGAACAUUGAAGUAGGUCCCCCAACUCUAGCAUAAGUUCAAAAGGCUAUAGUUAAUCUGAAACGAGGAAGGGCAGCUGGUCCAGAUGGAUUGGCUCCAGAGGUCUUUAAGGAUGGUGGUCCAAUUUUAGCGAUUAGGUUGACUAAUAUUUUAGCUAAAAUCUGGGAGUUAGACGUUAUUCCAUCUAACUGGUCACAAUCACUUAUCGUCCCAAUAUAUAAGAAAGGGUCAAAAUCAUCCUGUGACAACCACAGAGGGAUUAGUUUAACUAAUAUAAUAUCUAAAAUACUAGCCUCGAUAAUUAUCAGACGCCUAACUAAGACUCGUGAACUACAAACACGAGAGAAUCAAGCUGGCUUCAGAACUGGUCGUGGCUGCAUCGACCACAUAUUCACCAUUCGUCAGAUUCUAGAACACAGGCAUACUUAUCGGCGUCCGACAAUGGUGGUCUUCCUUGACGUAAAAGCAGCAUUUGACUCGGUAGACCGCGAGAUUCUGUGGCAGUGUCUGUCAUUGAAAGGCGUACCCCAGAAGUACAUAAACCUUGUAAAGGCUCUUUACUCGAACACUACUAGUCGAGUCAGAGCUUAUGGCGAACUGCCAUCUGAUUUUGCAACCUCAAGUGAUGUCCGUCAAGACUGUCCACUUUCUCCAUUUUUGUUUAACUUCAUCAUAGAUCUACUGAUGGAGAUAACUUUCUCGUCGACUGAGUUCUCGGGUAUUGAUCUCCUACCAGGAGGUCCACUUAUCGACUUAGAAUACGCAGAUGACAUAGUCCUGUUUGGUGAAGACGCUUACAAAAUGCAGAGUCUUCUGGUAGCACUCAGCAACAAUGCCAGAAUGUUUGGAAUGCGCUUCUCUCCCUCGAAAUGCAAGUUGUUGCUUCAGGACUGGUCUGCGUUAACACCUGAACUAAGGAUAGGGAGUGAAGUAGUGGAACGCGUUGACAACUUCACUUAUCUUGGAAGUCUGAUCAGCCCUAAUGGGUUGGUGUCUGACGAAACCUCAGCACGGACUUGAAAUGCUCGUUUGGCUUUUGCAACUUACGUCACCUAUCGCGGCCUAUGCCAAUCUGGGCCAUCUUUGGAGCCUUCGUGAUGUUAGUAUGGCUGUAAAGGGUCGGAUCUACAACGCGUCGGUGAGAGCAGUUUCGCUCUAUGCUUGUGAAACCUGGCCUCUUCGAGUUGAGGAUGUUAGACGACUCUGUGUUUGGUUAUUAUUGUCUCCGAAGGAUUGCUGACAUCCAGUGGCAACACCAUGUUAGUAAUGCAGAGGUUCGGCAUCGUAUGUUCGGGGACAGAGUUGAUAAUUCAAUUGGUGUCACUAUCUUGAAACAUCGAAUUCGGUAGUUCGUACAUGUCUUACGAAUGCCUUCCCAGCGAUUUCUACAUCGUGCAUCAUUUGUCCAUGCUCGGACCGGUUGGAAAAAGCAG